CUGCCGGGAUACUUGGCCCGCCCAGCUAGUCCUCCCAGCUUGCGCCGCAGCCGCGAGAUCCGCGUUUCUCCCAAGAUGGUGGCGCUAGGCUCGGGGUGACUACGGGAGACGACAGGGCCCUUUCCCCCUCGCCAGGCUCCUGACACCCCUCCCUCCGCUCGCUCGCGCACUCCGCCGCCGCGUAGCCAGCCGCCGGCCCGGGCGCUUGCCACCCGCCCCCGCCGCCAACCUACGUUUCAUCUCUGUCGACCCGCGCUCUUAGCCGCGGGCGGCGGCACCUCUCUCGGCACCUCCUCGGGGCCCCGCUCGGAGUCGCUCGCGGCCUAGCUCCGGCCAGGCGGGCUCUGCAGCCGGGUUUGGUCAGGCAGCAGCGGAGCGGCGGCUGGAGACGAGCGCGGGGUCCUCGGCGACCCCUGCGCCGCCUGACCGGCCUCGGUCUCUGGAGAAGGAAGCGCGGGUGCCGCAUGAGCCCCGGCGGUGGCGGCAGCGAAGGGGAACGAGGCCGUGGCGGGCCGAGGCGGCGGGCGAGGGCGACCACGACCGCUGCGAGGGCCGCGACCUAGGCGCGGGGGCGACGGCAGGUUAAAAAUCUGUAAGAGCCUGAUUUUAGAAUUCACCAGCUCAUCAGAAGUUUGGCGAAAUAUGAGUUACUAAGCCUACGCUCAGAUCAAGUUAGCAGCUAGACUGGUGUGACAACCUGUUUUCAAUCAGUGACUCAAAGCUGUGAUCACCCUGAUGUCACCGAAUGGCCACAGCUUGUAAAAGAUCACCCGGAGAACCUCAAUCUGACGACAUUGAAGCUAGCCGAAUGAAGCGAGCAGCUGCAAAGCAUCUAAUAGAACGCUACUACCACCAGUUAACUGAGGGCUGUGGAAAUGAGGUCUGCACGAAUGAGUUUUGUGCUUCCUGUCCAACUUUUCUUCGUAUGGAUAACAAUGCAGCAGCUAUUAAAGCCCUCGAGCUUUAUAAGAUUAAUGCAAAACUCUGUGAUCCUCAUCCCUCCAAGAAAGGAGCAAGCUCGGCUUACCUUGAGAACAACUCAAAAGGUGCCCAUAACAACUCCUGCAGUGACAUAAAAAUGAACAAGAAAGAAGGCCCUAGAGAUGAUUUUAAAGAUGUGACUUUCCUAACAGAAGAGAAGGUAUAUGAAAUUCUUGAAUUGUGUAGAGAGAGAGAAGAUUAUUCCCCUUUAAUCCGUGUUAUUGGAAGAGUCUUUUCUAGUGCUGAGGCAUUGGUUCAGAGCUUUCGGAAAGUCAAACAACACACCAAGGAAGAACUGAAAUCACUUCAAGGAAAAGAUGAAGACAAGGAUGAAGAUGAAAAGGAAAAAGCUGCAUGUUCUGUUGCUGCUAUGGAAGAAGAUUCAGAAGCAUCCUCCUCAAGGAUAGGUGAUAGCUCACAAGGAGAUAACAACUUACAAAAAUUAGGCCCUGAAGAUGUGUCUGUGGAUAUUGAUGCCAUUAGAAGGGUCUACACCAGAUUGCUUUCUAAUGAAAAAAUAGAAACUGCCUUUCUUAAUGCACUUGUAUACUUGUCACCUAAUGUGGAAUGUGACUUGACCUAUCACAAUGUAUACUCCCGAGAUCCUAAUUAUCUGAAUUUGUUCAUUAUUGUAAUGGAGAAUGGAAAUCUCCAUAGUCCUGAAUAUCUGGAAAUGGCUUUGCCAUUGUUUUGCAAAGCGAUGAGCAAGCUUCCCCUUGCAGCCCAAGGGAAACUAGUUAGACUGUGGUCUAAAUACAAUGCAGACCAGAUUCGGAGAAUGAUGGAAACAUUUCAGCAACUUAUUACUUACAAAGUCAUAAGCAAUGAAUUUAACAGUCGAAAUCUAGUGAAUGAUGAUGAUGCCAUUGUUGCUGCUUCAAAGUGCUUGAAAAUGGUUUACUAUGCAAAUGUAGUGGGAGGGGAAGUGGACAGAAACCACAAUGAAGAAGAUGAUGAAGAGCCCAUCCCAGAAUCCAGUGAAUUGACACUUCAGGAGCUGUUGGGAGAGGAAAGAAGAAAUAAGAAAGGUCCUCGAGUGGACCCACUGGAAACUGAACUUGGUGUUAAAACUCUAGAUUGUCGAAAACCACUUAUCCCUUUUGAAGAGUUUAUUAAUGAACCACUGAAUGAUGUUCUAGAAAUGGAUAAAGAUUAUACUUUUUUCAAAGUAGAAACAGAAAACAAAUUCUCUUUUAUGACAUGUCCCUUUAUAUUGAAUGCUGUCACGAAGAAUUUGGGAUUAUAUUAUGACAAUAGAAUUCGCAUGUACAGUGAACGAAGAAUCACUGUUCUCUACAGCUUAGUUCAAGGACAACAGUUGAACCCGUAUUUGAGACUCAAAGUCAGACGUGAUCAUAUCAUAGAUGAUGCACUUGUCCGGCUAGAGAUGAUUGCUAUGGAAAAUCCUGCAGACUUGAAGAAACAAUUGUAUGUGGAAUUUGAAGGAGAACAAGGAGUUGAUGAGGGAGGUGUUUCCAAAGAAUUUUUUCAGCUGGUUGUAGAGGAAAUCUUCAAUCCAGAUAUUGGUAUGUUCACAUAUGAUGAAUCUACAAAAGUGUUUUGGUUUAAUCCAUCUUCUUUUGAAACUGAGGGUCAGUUUACUCUGAUUGGCAUAGUACUGGGUCUGGCUAUUUACAAUAACUGUAUACUGGAUGUACAUUUUCCCAUGGUUGUCUACAGGAAGCUAAUGGGGAAAAAAGGAACUUUUCGUGACUUGGGAGACUCUCACCCAGUUCUGUAUCAGAGUUUAAAAGAUUUAUUGGAGUAUGAAGGAAAUGUGGAAGAUGAUAUGAUGAUCACUUUCCAGAUAUCUCAGACAGAUCUUUUUGGUAAUCCAAUGAUGUAUGAUCUAAAGGAAAAUGGUGAUAAAAUUCCAAUAACAAAUGAAAACAGGAAGGAAUUUGUCAGUCUCUAUUCUGACUACAUUCUCAAUAAAUCAAUAGAAAAACAGUUCAAGGCCUUUCGGAGAGGUUUUCAUAUGGUGACCAAUGAAUCUCCCUUAAAGUACUUAUUCAGACCAGAGGAAAUUGAAUUGCUUAUUUGUGGAAGCCGGAAUCUAGAUUUCCAGGCACUAGAAGAAACUACAGAAUACGACGGUGGCUAUACCAGGGACUCUGUUCUGAUUAGGGAGUUCUGGGAAAUCGUUCAUUCAUUUACCGAUGAACAGAAAAGACUCUUCUUGCAGUUUACAACUGGCACAGACAGAGCACCGGUGGGAGGACUAGGAAAAUUAAAGAUGAUCAUAGCCAAAAAUGGCCCAGACACAGAAAGGUUACCUACAUCUCAUACUUGCUUUAAUGUCCUUUUACUUCCGGAAUACUCAAGCAAAGAAAAACUUAAAGAGAGAUUGUUGAAGGCCAUCACAUAUGCCAAAGGAUUUGGCAUGCUGUAAAAAAAUGAAAAAAGAAAAAUGAGAAAAAGAAAACAAAAACAAAACAAAAAAGGGGGGAGGGAUAAAUUUUAAUAAAUAUAAUGAGGGAUAAAAUUUGUGGUGGUAGUUCCCAGUGCAAAAAGGCUGUAAGAUAGUGAACCACAGUAGUCAUCUGUGUCUGUGCUUCUCUUCUCUUGGGGGACAUACGGGCUGGAACAGCACAUUUCAGCUGCUUAUAUGAACAAAUUCUUUAUUUUUUUUCUGUGUGUGUGUGUGUGUAUGUGUGUGUGAAAGUAUCACAUAUUCUUUCACUUGUAUGUACAGAGAGGUUUUUCUGAAUAUUUAUUUUAAGGGUUAAAUCACUUUUGCUUGUGUUUAUUACUGCUUGAGGUUGAGCCUUUUUGAGUAUUUAAAAAAAUAUACAGCAACAAAACUACUCUCCCAAGGAAGAUACUGCCAUCAUUUGUAGACUGUGUAACCUUCAAGUAUAUGCUAUUUUUUUGUCCCUGUAUCUAACUCUCAAAUCAGGAACUGUAUUUUUUUUUUUAACCAUUUGCUUUUGAAACUUGAAGUUUUGGAAACAGUGUGAUGCAACUGCUGCUGUUCUAGCCCCCAAAGAGUUUUCUGUGCAAAUUCUUGAGAAUCAAUAAAGAUGGAAGGGAGAACUUGGAAUGUUUCACUGCAGCCCUCAGAACUUUACUUUAGCAACAGCACAACAAAUUAAAAAACAACUCAUGCCACAGUAUGUCGUCUUCAUGUGUCUUGCAGUGAACUGUUUCUGUAGCCAGUCCUCUUUCUUAGUAUAUGAAAGGACAGGGAUUUUUUUGUUGUUGUUGUUAUUGUUGUUGUUGUUUUAAGUUUACUGGGAAAAAGUGCAUUUGGCCAAAUGAAAUGGUAGGUAGUUAAGUCUAUUGCAAGAAAGUUGGGAAGUUUGUUCUUUAUUAUAAACAAGCAUGUGAAAGUGCACUUAAAGUAAUUUUUUUUUUAUUAAUUAUUACCUGGAUUUUAAAUAGACAAUCCAAAGUCUUCCCUUCAUGUUGCUGUCAUCUUGUCUAAUCAGCCAUUUUUAUCAAGGCACGUGAUCAGUGUUGCAACAAAGUGGAAAGGAUAGCUACUGUGCCUUGUUUUACUUAAUCCUACGGUAAGCAAACCUGGAAAUGAAUGGAACUAUUACUCCUAAGGCCUAUUUACAUUGUAUAUCCCCCAAAGAUAAAAUUUUACUUCAGAAAGUGUUAAAGAUUACUUUCAUAUGCUAUGGAAAAGUACAAAUAGGUGUAAAUUACUGGACAUUCAGAAGUAAGUAGUUUCCCCUUUCCUAGUCUUCUGUGUCUGUGAUGUUAAUUUCUUUCAUUGCAAUCUAAAAUAAAAGGAUUAUGUAUUUUUAACUAAGGAGAGACGAUAUAUCUUCUUGCUACAAGCUACAGCUAAUGUGCUGAGCUUGUGCCUUGUUGAUUGUUUUAACUAUUACAGAUCAGCCUGAUGAUUUGUUUGAGAUUGGCAUGAAAAAUACAGCUUUCAAAUCAUUGGAGGGGAAAAGAUGUCUUUCAGGAUUAUUUUAAUAAAUUAUUUUAGUAAUUGAGACAACUGUUAUGUACCAUAAUGCUAAAUAAAACAGUGACAUUUUCAUCAUAAUUUAGUGGGAAAAGAAGACCAUGCUUUCUAUAUUACUGUAAGGUAAUAUGGGUUUCUUGUGGGCCAGCCUUUAGAACACUGUUAAGGUAUAUACGCUACCUUGAUGCAAGGGACCCUCAUGAAACUAUAGUCAUCUUAAAGGGCCUCAUCCAUUGUGCUUCUUAUGUGUAAUGAAAGUGAGAGCAGGAGAAAUCAAGUAUUCUGGGGAUGUUUUUUGUAAUAAAUUUGUGAAGAAAUUUGUACGCUUCAA